AUGAAGCUCGCUCUCCUCGCUCUCAGCAGCGUGCUACUAGCCGACGGUGCGGUUGUAACUGAGCGACAGACUCGCGGAGUUGUUGGCAAGCCAGAGGGCUUCGGAGCUGGCACCACAGGUGGUGGCAACGCGCCGUGCCAGGUUCCUGCCAAUGUCGCCCAACUGAAGACCUGGCUCGAGGAUGCCACUGCUCGUUGCAUUGUACUCGACAAGGAGUACAACUUCAAGGGAACAGAGGGCACUGUCAAGGAGCAGGGGUGCAGACCGGCCUCCAACAAGUGUGCCGGCAAGGGCGGCCAGGAUGCCAUCAACAAGGCCAGCUGGUGCACCAACGGCAAUGCUGGAAGUGGCUCAACCGGAUUAACAGUCACCUAUGACAAAGCUGGUGUUGCGGGUAUCAACAUGGGCUCCAACAAGUCAGUCAUUGGCGUUGGCAACAAGGGAGUUCUUCGUGGAAAAGGUCUCCGCAUCGCCAAUGGCGCGAAGAACAUUAUCCUUCAGAACAUCCACAUCACUGAUCUUAACCCUCAGUACAUCUGGGGUGGUGAUGCUAUUACCCUUGCUGGGACCGAUCUGGUCUGGGUCGACCACUGCAAGGUCUCCCUCGUCGGUCGCCAGAUGUUUGUCGCCGGUCCCCAGGCUUCCAACCGUGUUACCCUCUCCAACAACGAGUGA